ACAUUACAACCCUACUGUCGAUGUUUGAGUGGCCAUGGCUGUAUCUUUGGAUCUGGGCUCGGCCAUGGUCGUGGCCGGUGCAGGCCAGCAGAGCUUUCUAGAGCUUUCUUCUUGGCUUACCGAGAAUGACUCCUCCGAGACGGAUGAGAGAGCACCGUGGAACACCACAAGUACGGUUUCGCAGACAACUCCAGGUUCAUCCAACAAUGAAGAUCCCAGCUUCAACUGUGAAUAUCGGUGGUACAAUUUGUGUCCAACUCACACUGGGCCAUACCCACAAGCUUCGGAUGGAAGCUCGGAGGAGUUUGUGCUUCGCCUCGACCAGAUGCAGUCCUUUUGGAUGCAAGCUGGCUGGUUGCUCAUGUCCUUCGUGGGUGCUGGCUGUUUUUGCUUCCUGCUACGAUGCUUUGUUCUUGCACGAGCUCGCUUCGUGAAAGGCCAUUCGCAAUUGAAGGACUUUGGCUACUAUACACCCGAGCGGGAGCGCUAUUUGGAAUACUUCCUGGGGGUCUUGACGAUGAUUUGCUUUGCUAUCUUUGCGGACGAGACAUGUGAGCUCGGGGAGGGCCACCGCUUCUUCGAGGAGGUUCAUCCCUUUGACCGGUGGGUGGAAGUUUUGGCAGCCUCUAUGAUGUUCUUCUGCUUCUGCCUGCGUCUUUACUACAGUGAUCUACACGGUCCUUGUCCAUGUCUGAUGAACUUUCUAACGAGUCCAUUGAUGUACUUCGAUUUACUCGCGAUGGCCCCGACCCUCACAGAGCUCAUUCUGCAGGAGUCAGGCAUUUUCCCAAACCUUGUGUGGCUGCGCUUCCCACGCUUGCUGGAUACGGCCUUGAAGGACGGUUCUGGCGGAGAAGGUAUAGGCGUGAUCGCCAAGCUGGUCUCUGCAAAUUGGAGUAUCUUGAAGAUUCCAGCUCAUUUAUUGUGCGCUGUAUGGUUUGCUUGCAGCUCUAUCCACUACUUGACCGAAUGUGAGAAUGAGGAGUUCGUGUGGGGAGUAGAGCCAGGCUAUCACAGAUACAUUUCCAUUCCUUCGGCCAUGUAUUAUGCCUUGAUUGACUUCAACGGCGAAUUUCCCAAUGCAGAUGAGUUCUCAGCACCGUUCGGGAGAAUGAACUCUAUGGUGAUUUGCCUCCUGGGCACAUACCUUCUGAGCAUUCCUGCUGGCGUGCUGGGUGCGGCUUUUCAUGACCAUGUCACGAGGAACCACGGGCGUUUGGAUGCUGUGGGGCGCAUGCAGGCCUUGGAAGCGAGACCUCCACCUUCCAAAUCUUUUUCCGUCAUGUUGAUCGGCUUCGUCGUUUUGUCAACUGGGAACUUUAUCUUGCUGACAGUGGUCUAUCAACGUCCCGUUUGCGAGAAUGAUGUGGAAGGACACCUUUUUGAGGAGGGCUCUUGGCAACGGGCCACGAUUGCUCCAUGCCGGUACCUCGACUGCUUGCUUGCGAUCCCUUUCUUCACAAUCUGGGCCGCCAAGCUUGUUACGAUAGAGAGAGCUCGCGACUACAUUCUGAGCGCUUCGCAUGCAGUGGACUUGGCGGCAUGGCUCCCUUCAUACUUCCUUCUGCAGUCCUUGGUGCUGCAUGGCAGCUGUUUGGAACACACAGGCAGUGACCGUCAAGCGUCUUUGGCGAAGACACAGCUUGCCUUCCACGGGAUGUGCAUGUUCCGGUGGCUGAAACUGGACUGUGUUUUUGGUCGGAUGUUCAAGCAGCUGCAGUUUACCUUGGCGGAGAACAAGGUGAUUUUCAGGAUGUCACUGAUUUGUGCCGCGACCUUGUGGCUGUUGGGCUCCGUCUUGAUGUACUAUGCGGAGCGUGACAACCCCGACGAAGGUACUCGAGACCAUUUCAAGACCCUGCCGUUGUCAUUCUGGAUGACCGCCUUGGAUUUUACUAGUGAAGCACCCAUCAACGACCAUGGAGCCCAGGGAAAGGCAGUGCACACCAUCAUCAUGCUAUUGGGCGUCGGUCUUUUCACGGUGCCCAUGGGCCUCUUUGCUUCGGCCUUCCGGGAACGCUUGGAUGAGAUGCACGCCAAGACGUUGAGGCGGCCGGAUUAGAUCCCCAAACCUACCUGGAUGUCCGUUACUUGUGUUCAUCAGGGUUAUUCCUGCUGCCUGGCCGUUCUGAAAGAGAGAGAGAGAG